GUAAUUUCCCUGUAUGUUCGUCGCUACUUCCAAAAAGGAUGCAAGUCUUUCAUUUUGUUUAUCUAUUUCACGGAGGGUGUUUACACUGUUUUUUAUUUGGUUAAGUGGACGGCUGGACGCUUGCAGUUUAUCUCCAUUUCAGAUUAAAACAGUAACCGAAGACUCUCUGCAGAUAUCAGAUUCUCUUGGUAUUGAUCCAUCUCCAUCAAUUAUUGAGGAGGGUUCUUGCCUUUCUUCAAUCGUUUCUCCAGGAUGAUAUGAUAUGAUAUGAUAUGAUAUGAUAGGCCGGGGAUUGUAAUUUCACUUUGUUGGAAGAUGAUGAGAGGUUUUGCUCUGAUCAAGCUUGCUUAGUUUGUGGUUUGUUUCUGUUGAGAGGGUUCCGGUUGGCCUUUGUUCGAUCAUCUGUCCAGGAUGAUACGAUAGCUGCUUCAUUUUCAGUGUGUUCCUGUUUCGUCCUCUACUUGGGAAAUUGACGGGGAGCUCAAUAGACAUAUAUUAAUUGAUGGGGACUGAAUUACCCUCCUCCUCAUUUGCCUCUUCUUCAAACACACAAUGGGAAUAUGACGUUUUUCUCAGUUUCCGAGGUGAGGAUACUCGUAAGAGCUUUACAGAUCAUCUAUAUGCUGCUCUAGACCGAGAAGGUAUUUCCACCUUUAGGGAUGAUGAAGAGCUUGAUAGAGGACAAGCCAUUUCAUCAAAUCUCCUGAAAGCCAUACAAGUUUCAAGAAUCGCGCUUGUUGUUAUCUCAAGAAACUAUGCUUGUUCGAUCUGGUGUCUGGAUGAACUCACUACGAUUGUUGAGUGCAUGGAGGACAGGGGGCAGAGAGUGUUUCCAAUUUUCUAUGAUGUAGAUCCAUCCGAGGUAAGGAAACAGACCAUAUGGUUUGGACAAGCUUUUGUCGUACAUGAACAGCGCUUGAAGGAUGACUUGGAGAAAGACAAGGUGCAAAAGUGGAGAGCUGCUUUGACUCAAGUGGCCAAUCUAUCUGGAUUUCAUUUACAGGAUAGGUAUGAGUCAAAGUUUAUCCAAGAGAUUAUGGGAAAGAUAGUAAAUGAGUUGAGCGGUACAAUCCAACAGCCUCAUUCAGAUGAUCUUGGACUUAUGGGAAUUGACUUUGGUGUUGAGGAAAUAAUGAAUUUAUGUUCGGCUACAGAUCAAGGGAAUGAUGUUGUCUUUGUAGGUAUAUGGGGAAUGGGUGGGGUUGGCAAGACAACUCUUGCACAAGCUUUUUAUGAUAAAAUCUCUGAUCAAUUUCGAGAUAAAUGCUUUCUGAAAAAUGUUAGAGAGAUUUCUAGACGAGACGGUAUUGUUGCAUUAACAAAAGAUCUCCUUUACAAUGUCUUAAAAAGGAUGGAUGUGUAUGAUAGUGAGAUAAGGCAUAGAUUUCGUCGUAAAAAGGUUCUCAUCAUUCUGGAUGAUGUAGAUAAGUUGGAACAAUUGCAAGCAUUAGCGGGAAGCAACAAUUGGUUUGGUCGAGGGAGUAGGAUCAUUAUAACAACCAGGGACAAACAAUUGUUGAUUGCUCAUCAUGUGGACAGAUGUUAUAAGGUCAAGGAAUUGAAAAGUGAUGAUGGCCUUAAGCUUUUCAGUUGGAAAGCCUUCCAGAAUGAUCAACCCCCAAAAGAUUUUAUAGAGUUAUCCCAUAACUUUGUAAAUUAUAGUAAGGGCCUUCCUUUGGCUAUUGAAGUUUUGGGUUCUUUCUUGUGUGGUCAAAGCCUUCAAGAAUGGGAGAGUGCCUUUAGUAGAAUACAAGAAAAUCUUCACAAAGAUAUCAUGUCUGCACUCAGAAUCAGUUUUGAUGGAUUGCAUGAGAAGGAGAAGCAAAUAUUUUUAGAUAUUGCAUGUUUCUUCAAAGGACAGGACAGAGAUGAGGUGACAAUAUUGUUGGAGGCUUUUGGUUUUGACCCAAUCAUUGGUAUAAGUGCUCUCAUUCGAAAAUCCCUCAUCACUAUAGUAGGGAGUAAAUUGUGGAUGCAUGAUUUGCUUCAGGAAAUGGGUUGGGAACUUGUUCGUGGGGAAUGUCACAAUGAACUUGGGAAUCGUAGUAGAUUAUGGCAACCGGCUGAUGUGCUUGAUUUACUGAAGAAUCAUAAGGGAUCAGAUGCAGUUCAAGGGAUAGUCCUUAGCUUGCCUCAAGAACAGAAGAAGGAAUUGAAACGUGAGGCCUUGUCAAACAUGAAAAAAUUGAGAUUUCUUAAAAUAUCUAAUGUGGUCCUUCCUCUUGGCCUCGAUUAUCUAUCUACCGAGUUAAGAGCUCUCGAAUGGCAUGGAUAUCCUUCAAAGUUGUUGCCAAGAGCUUUCCCAUCUGAGAAGCUUGUUCACCUCAACCUGUGUGGCAGCCAUAUCAAACAUCUAUGGAAAGGAUUCAAGUGUUUAGAUAAGUUAAAAUCAAUUGAUUUGAAGGACUCUGCAAGUUUGAUUGAGACACCAGACUUCACGGGUGUCCCAAAUCUUGAAAGGCUGACUCUUGAAGGUUGCACAAAAUUAUCCAAGGUUCACCCAUCCAUAAGCAAUCUCAGACGCCUUAGAUUAUUGAAUAUGAAAAACUGUAAAAGCCUUAGGAUCACUUCAUGGGACAUCAGUUUGGAAUCUCUCGAAAUUUUCAAUCUUUCGGGCUGUGCACGACUCAAGAGAUUUCCAGAGAUUGUGGGAGAAAAUUUAUUUAGAUGGGAGUGCUAUAGAGGAAUUACCAGUGUCAAUUGAGCGUCUGACUGGUCUUACAUUGUUGGAU